UUGGUCUUCUUCCUUCAAUUUCUCCACACUUUUCUCCACAAUUGCAAGUUGAAACUUCCAACUUCUCCUAGCACGCACAUUAGAGCGGUUUUCCAAAAUAUUUCAAAAAUAUCAAGGUACCGCUUAAAACCUACUUACAUUGUCAGUUUUUUUUAAUUUUUUUUGAAUUUUUUAAAACUGAUUUUCACUUCAACUGUUAAUCGCUUCAGAAUUUUGGUUUGAUUAAUGGAUGCCCAAUCUCCAUCGAAGAGAUUUACGAGAGGUAUACCAUUGCAUGUUCAAAUUGAUGUUGAAAAUCCAUCGUUUUCAUUGGGUCUAACUCAGGAAUUUGGGGAGAUUUCAGGUUCAUUGUCUAAAUCUACUAACAUGCAAGAUAUUAGAUCCAAUUCCAAUAAUGACCCAAUUAGUUUUGUUGAUGGAAGUCUGAAGAAUAUUGUUGAUGUUGUUACUGGGUCUAAAAAGAAAAGAAAACAUAAAUCUGAUGUUCAUACCUUUCACAAUGAUAAAAAUGAAGGCGUUGGUUCUGGGUCAAUUGAGCAUAAGGAUGUUAAGUAUUUAGAUCAAAGAGAAUCAACAAGAAUUCCGCACAUGCAGUGUUACACAAAUAUUGACGUUAUGAAUGUUCUAUCUUCAAAGCUUACUGAGUCACAGUACAGAUAAUUCUGUGAAAAUACGUGUUUUGCUCAACUAUGCAGCAUUCGUAGGUGUCACGUUCAGGCACAACUAAUUAGGUGCAUGUUUUUUAGAGAAAUUGAAGGUAGCUCAAAAGAUGCAAUCCUGAUACAUGCCAGUGAAGCCAUUUUCAGAUUUUCUGUAUACAAAAUCAAAUUAUAUACAUAUACAGUUACCAGCUAAAUAAAUGCAGUAACAAACAGAGUAUGUACUUAUACAUAUUAUAGAAACUUCAUUUUUAAGGUUA